AUGGCCAUUCAGUUUGGCGUGGUCCGACGUUUUUGGCUCCAUAGCUUGGCUGUCGUUGGGCUGUGCUGCUUCCUUGUCUUCUUGUAUCGCGAUUUUACUCGCAGCGCUGGCAUUGAACGCGAUCCCCUGACUGCACCCCUUGAUGUGCCCACUUCUUCCUCGCCGCAGCCACCAGCCAAUGCGGGGCGACGACCGUGCGUGGGUCCCAGGGGAAGGCCCGUGCAGGAGAAUCUCGACGACAGAGUAUGGGCGAGCCCGAUAAACUUGCCCUUCCCAGACCCCGUGGGCGGCUCUUUUGCGGCAUUGGGCCUGCCACUUACCUUCAACACCCCAGACUCGAGAUACGGUGCCUACGGCUAUAAUGAAGACUCGGACGGUUACGAGCGAACGCGCGUACUGUGGAGCUCAGUAAAAUGGGCGGAGUUGCAGAAUGACUGUCUCGCUACAAACCUAGACCGUUUCCGCAGCCCCGACAACAUUUCCACGGCGAGAAGGUUUCGCUUGCCUACGAAGACUGGCUUUCAGGAAUUAAAAGCAAGGACAUAUUCCACAGGUCGGUCGGCGAUUGUACUUCGUAGUUGGGAGGGUUACAACUACACCUCGUUAGACUUGUACCAUGUGCGGUCACUGAUCGUCGAGGCUGGGCUGGAGUCGAACGCGGACAAUGCUGUCUUUCUCUUGGUGGAUGUCAAGGACGAAAAUGGGACCAGACAGAUAUUCCAUGAUUCACAGAGCUAUGACGCGGCCUUACAAGAUUUGGUGCCGGAGGAAUUUCGAAGCAUCGCCGUUCUAUUCGACCUCAACUUGCUCGAGUCAUGGUAUCCUCGAAUCCCCGAACAUUCGGCCUUCUUCCAAGUCUACCAGCCUCUCCAACUGUUUGCACAGCUCUUCCCUGGCUUUGACCACUACUGGCAGCUUGAGAUGGACAUGAAGUUCACGGGCAAUUCCGGGCAGUGGUUGGACGCAAUGGCAAGGUUUGCGAGGAAAGAGCCACGCAAACAAUCAGUCGAACGGUCUUCAUAUUACUAUAUGCCGCACAUCCAUGGAUCUUACGAAGAGUUCAGGGCAGUCAUCAACGAAAGCUUGGGCGGUCGUGGUGUUUGGGGACCCGUUCAGAUCCCUGAUGUCAAACAUCCCGUCGGGCCUCAACCGCCCGUUGCCGAUCCUCGUGAGGACAAUUUCGACUGGGGUGUUGGAGAUGAUGCCGAUUUAAUUCUCACGAACGCUCUAGCGGAUGUGAGGACGACCAAGUAUUGGCCAUUCAAGGGUUGGAUCCAUGGGUUCCAGGAGGGAGAAGACACCCCCCGCUUCUAUAGCCCCGUGGCCAUGGGGAGAUACUCGUGGAACCUGCUCAACGCGAUGCAUCACGCUCAGGUCCAUCAAGGUUUGUCUUUGUCGUCAGAGGCGACUGCUGUGUCAUUUGCGCUGUACCACGGUCUCAAAGUCGUCUUCCCACCUCAUCCUUGGUACCACCAUCCUCAGGCACGACGGGAAGUGAGUAUUCAGGAAUUGGAACAGCUGUUCAAUGGCGGUUCGCCCGCCGAGAACGCUCGGGAGAACAACGGCCUUGCAUUUGGAAAAGCAAUGUACGAUCCUAACGGCGUAUACGAGUUGUUUAAUGGUGGGACGUGGUGGUGGGUGCCCGGCUACCCGGGAAGAACAUUCAAACAGUGGAUGAAUCAUGAUGCGACGAAUAUACCCUCGAUGCUGCGCGAAGAUGGAGGCAAGAUUUGGGCACCUAUGAUGGCUCUGCACCCUGUGAAGUCGGGAGCCAACGCAUAG